AUGAACCCGGGGAGCCGCUCCCAUUCGUCCCCGGAGCACGACAGCGCGAAGCCGGGGGUCACCCGCCCCCACAUAUCCUCAGAGCCCGGCAGCUCGAAGCCAAACGCCCGCUCCGAUUCUUCCCCGGAGGCCAACAACGGCGGCGGUGGCUUCAGUCCAUCGGACCGGUUCGGGGUACUUAGCACCGAGCAGCUCCGACAGCUUCUGCAGGACGAGGGGAAACUGCAGCGCAUCGUCCGCCUGAGCGAGCAGGUGCAGUCUCUUCAAGAAGAGAGAAAGGCAUCUUUGGCUUCAAACUUUGAACUAGCUCAGAAAAACCUGUCUCUUCGUCCUCGCUUGGAAACUGGAAAAGCCAACCUGGCUAUCAAAUAUCAGCUGCUGCGUGAAACGUGCGCAUCCUGUCGUGGGAAGCUGCGAAAGAUUCAGUGCCUCUUGCAGGAAUGUAACCCACAUGUUGCACUCAGCCACCUGCAGGAGGAGCUGCAGAGCACUGAAGCAGAAUGUGAGGCCCUCUCUCAGCUGUUCCUAGAGGGCUCCCUCCCUCUCCUUGUUUUCCUGGAUUCUUAUCACUUGCUUCGGGCCCAGUGUCACAUCCGCAGAAUUCAGAAUGAGAAACUGAUGGAGCUUCUGGGAGAGACUCUUGAACAGGAACCAUCUUCCCAACAGCAGGAACUGCCUCCAGACCGGGAAUUGCCCCCUCAACCCACCAAACUACCCUCUGAGCAGAACCAACCCCCAAAGCUUCAGGAACUUCCCCCACAGUCAAGAAAACUGCCCCAAAAGCAGGCAUUGCCUAUCCCUCAAUCCACCAAAUUACCCUCCAACCGGGAACUUCAAGUGAAGCCUCGUGAUGUGGCCCCUGGGGGUCAACCGCUGUCUCGACCCCGAGAACUGCCCAUGCAGAGCAACAAAUUACCCCCUGACCGGAAACUGCCUUCCAACCCCAAGGAAAAGCCCCAUAAUCCCAGAGAUCAGAUCCCUCAGGCUUGUGCUCAGUCCAUUCCAUCCCCUGCUGCCCCUUCACAGAUGCCCCCUGCUUUGUUCCGGCUACCCCCUUUGCCCUGCGGAAUGACACCUGCAUUGCUGAUCCCAGGGGAGGUGCUGUCUACUAUUCAGGGUCCGUCUGCCCAGUCCCCUGGCUGCCUGCCCCCACUGGGGCGAUCCAAUGCUCAGCAACAACAGCAGCCCCCACGGGCCCCUCUGCGUUUUAUUGCUCGCAUCUACUUCCUGAGCACUCGGCACCUUAGGGUGCUGUCUAGAGCCCAGCGGCAGCAGCAGCAACAACACCCUCCGAAGCGAUAAGUGACGGGCUAUGGGAGAAUAUGGGAGUGGGGCAAUUUAUGGGACGGGGGACAGGGUAGUUGUCUGUGUGUCAGUCUGAAUGCGUCUCUGUGUCUGCAGGCAUUGUGCGUCUCUUUUUUAUUUUAAUGCAGGGUGUUAUUGGUGCAUUUCUGUGCAUGGGUACAGUGCGAGUAUACAGAAUGCAUGUUAGUUCAGUCAUUCAUCACUCAACUGAGUAAUGACUGGUUGAUUGUUCAUUUCUAUGGAUCAUUAUGUCCUUCCUGGCCUUAUUUUACUGGAUUUGAAAUGAUUUGAAGUAAAAUAUAAAUGAAAGAUCUGUA